CUCUUGACUUUGCAGGUUACUGACCCAAUGAAUGUCUCUGAGCCAGAUUCCAGCUUUGCUUUUGUAAGAGAAUUUUUACUCCUAGGGUUUUCUUGUGAGUGGAAGAUUCUGAUCCUCCUCUUCUCACUCUUCACCACAACAUAUGCUCUGACUAUAACAGGGAAUGGAGCCAUUGUUUGUGCUCUAUGGUAUGACCGGCGACUCCACAUCCCCAUGUACAUAUUCCUGGGGAAUUUCUCCUUUCUAGAGAUCUGGUAUGUCUCUUCUACAGUCCCCAAGAUGUUGGUCAACUUCCUCUCAGAUGAAAAGACCAUCUCCUUUGCUGGCUGCUUCCUCCAGUUUUAUUUCUUUUUCUCUUUGGGAACAUCUGAAUGCUUCCUUUUGGCCGUCAUGGCCUUUGAUCGGUACCUUGCUAUCUGCCGUCCCUUGCACUACCCUAAUAUCAUGACUGGGCAUCUCUGUACCAAACUGGUCAUUAUCUGCUGGGUUUGUGGAUUUCUGUGGUUCCUGAUCCCCAUUGUUCUCAUCUCUCAGAUGUCCUUCUGUGGUCCAAAUAUUAUUGACCAUGUUGUGUGUGACCCAGGGCCACUAUUUGCAUUGUUGUGUGUUUCUGCCCCAAGAAUCCAAUUGCUUUGCUACACUCUAAGCUCAUUAGUCAUCUUUGGUAACUUCCUCUUCAUUCUUGGGUCCUAUACUCUUGUUCUAUUAGCUGUGUUGCGUAUGCCUUCAGCCACUGGGAGACAUAAGGCCUUCUCUACCUGUGGGUCUCAUUUGGCUGUGGUAUCACUGUUCUAUGGCUCUCUAAUGGUCAUGUAUGUGAGCCCAGGACUCGGCCAUUCUGCUGGGAUACAGAAAGUCGCAACUUUGUUCUAUGCUAUGGUGACUCCUUUCUUCAAUCCCCUCAUCUAUAGCCUCCGGAAUAAGGAGAUAAAGGCAGCCCUAAGGAAACUUCUGGGGAGUUUCAACACAAUCUAG